AUGUUCCGCCACCCGCGACGCACGGAAGGCAAGACUUUCGUGUUCAAUGCUGUCAUCGACUUGCCAGGUGGCGAUGAAGUUGUUGUGCUUCUUCGCUAUUUCAACCAACACAACUUCUCCUUUCCGGAUGGUUCCUACUAUCAGAUCAAUGCAAAUGUUGCGAAGAUCAUUCCUGGUGUCAAUACUCACUACACGUCAGCGAUCGCAGAGGCUGACAGGCUGGAUGGUGAAGAGUUUGAUCUGAUGGGAGAUGUCAUUUGGCUUACGCCCCUGGAGAAGAACCCGGCCCCGAUGCAUGGCCCUAUCAUGUAUGCUGCGGGAGCUGUAGCCGAUGUUGACAAGGGCUGCUCGCAGUUCAACCUCAACACCGAACAGUUCAUCACGUUCGCGCGUGAUCUCGCUAGCAUAUCGAAGACCAUGCCAUCUGACGGAGUGGGCUCUGUCCAACCGCGCACCGGCCAUGCAACGCUAACACUGCAUGCGACUAUUCCGGAUUCCCCGCGUUGGAAAAAAAAUGCGAAGCCGAUGCCAUCAAAUGGAAAGUACGUCUAUGUGCAGGGUCUGCUCAGGAAGGUCGAUAGGGAAACCCGCAAGGACAGUAGCAAUCGGGAGAUUGAGGUCGCAACAAUGUUUGCAUUUGAUGUCGAGAACAUCACAUUCAUGGGUAGUGUCUCUGCCAAGACUUUACCGACACCGGCCGAACCUGUGGUGACGGUGGACUCCCCAACUGUCAACGGUGCUCCUCAGAGUGCAAGGAAGCGCCUGAAGGCUGUUCACAGCCAUCUCCGCAGGAGGUAG